AUGGACCAUGGUAAGAGACAGCGCUUGUCUGGGUCACAAUACAAGAAAAUUAGGCUUCAACGUGAAGCAAAUUCUGCCAAGCAGAAGAAUGCUUUGUUGCACUUUUUGAGCAGGUCAUCAAGCGAAAAAGCACUGGCACCUAUAGUAGCUUCAACUUCAAACCAAAAUGAAGUUGAAAUUGAAAUCGAAAGCGGUGGAGAAAUAGAAUAUGCGGAUAGUGUUAGUGUUAAUGAAUAUAGAAAUUCUGGAAAUGAUGAUACUGCUAAAGAAUCAGAAAAUGUUGAUGAAGUGGAAUUUAUCUCCAAUUUAAGUGAAGUUGUUGUACAGAACGUCGAUGAUAUAGGACAAAAUGAAAACAAUGAAGAUAAAAGUGGUGAAGACCCCAAAACCAAUAAAGAUUUGCCUCUUAAUUUUAAUGAUCCGGCAAAAUGGCCUAUAAUAGAUGGUAAAUUUAAAGCAUUGCUGAUGAAGUAUGGUCCAAUUCAAAAAUUGCCGUCUUUAUUUCCCGAAGAUGAACAAGGUAGAAAAUUUUCAAGCUUUCAUUUUUAUCGCCGAAUGUCUAAUGGCGAUAAAAUUAAACGCACUUGGUUGGUGUACUCCAUUACGAAAGACACUGUAUUUUGCUUUUGCUGUAAGAUAUUUAGUCCGAAUAAAUUCUCCCUGUCAUCGCAUGACGGCUGCCGAGAUUGGAAAAAUAUUUCUGUUAUUAUUAAACGACAUGAAACAUCAAGUGGCCACACUACUGCAUAUCUAAAUUGGAGAGAUCUGGUGGUGAGACUUAAAUCAGGGGCUACGAUUGAUCACAUUAAUCAGAAAAUAAUUCAAUCUGAAACUCAACAUUGGCGACAAGUUCUUGCAAGAAUAAUAACGUUAAUUAGAACUCUUGCUGGACAAAAUCUAGCAUUAAGAGGAACAUGUGAAAAGCUUUUCGAACCGAAUAACGGAAAUUUUCUUAAAUUUAUUGAAUUCUUAGGAAAUUAUGAUCCUAUUAUGAGUAAACAUAUUCAACGAAUAACAACAAGUGAAAUUCACACCACCUAUCUCGGAAAAACUAUUCAAAAUGAAAUCGUUGAAUUGCUUGCUAAUAAAAUCAAAAAUGACAUUUUAGCAAAACUAGAGCGAGCAAAGUACUACUCACUUAUUUUAGACUGUACCCCCGAUAUAAGCCACAUGGAGCAGAUGACAGUUGUUUUUAGGUUUGUCAGUGCAACUGAAUCAUCUUCGGAAAAACCAGCUGAAGUCGUAGUUUCUGAACACUUCGUAACUUUUCUUGAAUUACAAGACACAACGGGAGCAAAUAUGACAAAAGUUGUUAUCGAUAAGUUGCAGGAAUUAGGCGUAAAUCUUGAUGACAUGAGGGGACAAGGGUACGAUAAUGGAGCCAACAUGCGCGGAAAAUAUAAUGGUGUGCAAGCCAGAAUUCGUCAACUAAAUCCUCGAGCUUUUUUCGUUCCUUGUAGUGCCCACUCGCUCAACUUGGUAUUGAACGAUGCAGCUAAUUGUUGUAUGGAGGCUGUCGCAUUCUUUGAUUUAAUUCAAGGCAUUUAUAACUUUUUCUCAGCAUCAACUCAUCGUUGGAGUAUAUUAUUAAACCACCUAAGCGAUCUGACUAUAAAACCGUUAAGUGCCACUCGUUGGGAAAGCAGGGUCGGUGCCGUACCGGCACUUCGAUUUCAGAUUAGUGGAGUUUACGAUGCACUAAUUGAAAUCGCAGAAGACAAUACAUUAACUACUGCACCACAAGUCAAGAGUCGCGCAGAGGCUAAGGGAAUAGCCAGAAAUAUUUCAAAUUUCAAAUUUGUUUGCUCCUUGGUAUUGUGGUAUGACAUUUUAUUCCAAAUUAAUAUUGUCAGCAAAAUGCUCCAAUCACAGGCUUUAGACUUGUCGCUUGCUCUAGAGCAUUUAAACGCUAUCAAAUCUUUCCUAUGCGAUUAUCGCUGUGAUGAAGAAUUUGCCGCAAUAGUUGAAAAUGCAAAAAAACUGGCAGUUGAACUAGAAAUUUUUGAAGAAUUUGAUGUGGAUGAUCCCGUACGCGUACGCAGAAAGAGUAGACAAUUCCUAUACGAAGGUCGUGAUGAACCGAUAGUAUCACCAGAACAAAACUUCAAAGUAUCUUUUUUCAAUCGAAUAUUGGACAUCGCAAUUCAAGCAAUAAAUGAAAGAUUUACGCAAUUAUCGGAAUAUAACGAGUUAUUUGGGUUUCUUUACAAUAUCGGCAGCAAACCCUUAACGGAUGAUGAGUUAUUGAAACACUGUAAGGACUUGCAUUUAGCGCUUAUGUCUGAUGGCCAAUCUGAUAUCAACGGGGUCGAACUUUGGUAUGAAAUUAAAGCUAUUGGGAGACGACUUGAUACUUCCAAUAGCGAUCCAAAAAGUGUAUUAAAAUGUAUUUACACAUCUAAUGUUGUCGAAGUAUUCCCAAACCUUUCGAUAGCUCUUCGCAUACUACUAACGUUACCAGUCACAGUUGCUAGUGCUGAAAGAAGCUUUUCAAAGCUGAAAAUAAUAAAAUCCUAUUUGAGAUCACAAAUGUGUCAAGAUCGUUUAGUUGGUCUAGCUACGAUUUCCAUCGAGAAAGAAAUUGCUGAUCAUUUGCACAUAGAAGAUUUGGUUAAAGAUUUCGCAGAAUUAAAAGCUAGGAAAAUUCACUUUUAA